GGGGCGGUGGGAUACCGCCCGGACUUCCCCAGCUGUUCUGCUCAGCUCCCCCCCAGGACCGAAACGCACCCCUCGUGCAAAGCUCCACGGUGAAAAUGCUCUCUGUGACACAGCUCCCUUUUCCUCUGCUCCCUUUCCCUCUCCCUCUCCCUCUCCGAGCCCUGUGCGAGUGUGACAAUCUGGCACUGCGAGCAGGAAUGAAAACUGUGCAAUCAGCUUUAGGCUCCUGAGCUGAAACGUGAGGAGAUCCAGUUACAGUAACAGGGUUAGAACAAAAGAGAUUUGCUUCUCGAAUCAAUUCCUCUCCAUUUUAUGAGUGUGUGUGUGUGUGUGUGGAGGGGGGGUGAGAAACAGCCUCUCUUUUUCCCUGAUCAGAGCUGCUGGGUUUUGUAGCAAACGCAGGCUCCCAGCUUGACAAGCGCCGGCUGCAGGGCUCUCAGAGGGACUCCAGCAUCUUGCAAGCCCAUUUAUAUUCGGAGGCUGAGAAAGCAAGGAGAUCACGCCAGGAGGGAUCCAGAAAUAGUAAGUCCAGGCCAGGUUUUGUAUCAGGAUCAUCAUCAACAACAGAGGAAGGCAGCUGGCUGCAAGACUUUCAACCCCUUGCCCUAUUAGGGCCUGAUCCGAUGAGGUGCUGAGUGACCUUAACUCUGAACUGGAGAUGAGAGUGCUCGGUGUCUCAAAGCAUUAGUCCCUAUGCGACUAAGUGGAAAGGGCCAAGACAAUUAGUGAUGACACCUCCUACUAUACAUCAGAAGAGUAGCCAGCUAGAAAAACCUAACCCCUUAAAAGCAUUUUCCACAAAAUGACAGCUGUGCCACCAUCACAUUAACGGGUGUCCCUUUAACCUUAAGCCACAUGUGGAUUUGGGACACAGCACGCGUUUUGCACGCGGAGCUGGACUGGCUUGUAAAAUGAAUGAGGUCCCAUAUGGGGCUUUUCUUCUGCGUUUUGAUUUUUGAUUUUACAAGCUCAGACUCUCGUGCUCUAGACACUCAGGCAGCGGCAGCGCGCACAACAUGCGGGAACCACUCCUGGGCAUUUAUUCCUACUGCCAUGUAACAAGGGUUAUCGUCAGUGCAUAUGUAGACCGCGCCUGGCAUUAACCUUCUUUACCAGAUGGCUAUCUGCCUGCCGUCUCGAAGACGGUGACAGAGAGCAGGCUCGGAGUUAGCAUCAAAUGUUUCUCAGUCACCUGGGAAUGGACGUGGCUUCCAUUUUCCCACCUCCAGCUCCGCCGGGCAGAAGUUUCCUGUUUAGUUAGUGAUGGAAAAUUUGGGUUCUUUCUUUGCUAAGCUUUGAGGAUAAUCCUGCAUUCCCCGAAGAGCCCGUGCCUAUGCAGCGAGUGCAAAAUUCAGCAACAAAACUAACAACACAGGAAUGAAACAGAGCUGUCUUCUGGGUUUUUUGUCCAAACCUUGCUCUGCAAAAGCAGCCCCCACCUCCCAUGAAUAAAGUCUAUGGUAUCUCUAAGAGCUAUUCCCAGCAGGAUCUGGGAGCUUACUGCACACUGAGAGUGCUGAAAGCCAUUAUCCGUGUACGCCCCGGAUACGUGAAGUUGGUAUGCGGCUUAUCAACUUUGGCGGAAAGCUGCUUGCAGGUAUUCGCAGUUGCAUUUGUCAACACGCUCUUCUAGAGGCUGGAUUUACAAAAGGAGGAGUGGGGCCACGGCUCUUGGGGUUAUUCCUCCCCUUCCCAGAUGUUAAUAACCCCCUCCCCAGCAUUCUGGCUUCUUUAUUUUCACCUUGUGACUAUUUAACCACUAGUUUGAGAGCCAGCUGUCAGACUUCCCCAUUCCUAGGAGCCUGAGCCCUGUAUAAAUUAGAGCACAUUGGAGCUUGGUUUCUUCUCCAGGACUUCAUCUCCUCAGCUCGUGACAACGGCGGCUCUCUCUCCUGCUCUCUGACCUGCAGGAUGUGCACCAUGCAAUCACCUCCCUUCUCACAGGUGCGGUUACAACCGCAGGACACCUGUCCUCCAAAUGCCUCACCUGGGACCCAGGCCAUUUUCAGAUCCGGGUCAGAUGGCCUUCCACGAGUGGCGGUAUUUUCCCCAGGUUAUUAAGCUUGCCGUGGUCAGUCCUGCAUGAAGGCCACGGUGAUGGGUGUAAAGCCCAACCUCUCACAACCUUCCUAGCUAGAAACUAGAGUGUUGCACGCUUGGGAAGAUGCAAAGCCGAACCAGCCAUCCUCGUUCCUAUGCUGCCGCACAAUGCUUCAUGCAGAUAGGUGCAGGGAGCAGUUCCUGAAGGGCAGGAAACAUAGCAAUGAGCAGAAGGCUUCGGGAGGGAUGCGGUGCUGUACCGAUCCCAGGGCAGGGACAGAGUUAGAGCGAUGGCAGGCGUUCCCUGAACUCUGCAUUCCCCUCUCUGCUAUGUGUGCUUUAUUCUCCACUGCAGUACUCCAAUAUGGGACAGAUGGGGAGACCUUAACCCUGCCGUCCUUGGCUUUCCAAGCUGGGAGUUUGGGGCGGCUAUUCUGGAGGAGCCCGGUGGGCAACCUCGAGCGUGCACCAGGGUUGUGCGCUGCAGCACAUCCAUGACGGAGGACCUCCUCUGUAGGGUGCGGUGGGACCAAGCCGGGGAGAGGCAGGUGGUCGACACCCAAGAAUGAGAGUCAGGACUUGGAUCUGUCCAUGGAAGAAGCCAGCCUUGUGCUUUCCUGGACGGAUCCAGGGGCUGGAGAAGCCACCAGCAUCAUUUAGUUUUUACACCACUCUGGGCUCCUGCAGCAAGCCCCGGGCACUGCCCCAAACCCCCAUAGUGCUGAGCACUGUGCCACCAGGCCUUGUGCAGGGGAACUUGCACAGGGCUUGCCUGGGGGAGAAUCCCCUCCUGGCAGGAAUCAAGGCUUUUAGGCUUCUUUAAGAGGUGUGAAGGGGCCAGGGAGGGUGUGAGACUCACUUCUGGCUUCUGCCGGGCUGGUUUGCUGUAUUGUUAGGUGUAAUCUCUGUCUCCAUGCGUUCCCCUGCCCCAGCCUCUUCAAUGGGAUUUGCGUCCGCCAAGGGUUGCCAGUCUAACUUUGCUCGUGCUUGUGAAACCCGGACCCAGCCGUGCUGUAAUUCUGGCUUCCUGGAGCCCCGGGGAGGGUCGCUCUCGGGACCCGCUAAGGUAAAGGAAAACUGCGAGCUACCCAAGCGGGGAAGCAUUUGCGAGGAGACAGAGAAACGUAUGAAAAACAAUUAAUAGCCGCUCCAACCCGAGGAUUUAAACUGAAACCAAAGCCUUCAGGAAACGGGAAAUGAAGUGGCUUAAGAUUGUUAUUUUAUUGCUUCAUUUAAGAAAAAAAAAAAGAUCUGCUAAAUGCAAAUAAGCGUUCUUACAGACGAGGAGAGGGAGGGGAUGGAAGUCAUGCAGGGAAAAGUGAGUGGGAUUUAGGUUUUGCAUCGUUCGCUGAAUUACUGGCAGGUCUUUUGUAACAUCUGUUAAAAAUAAAACAAACAUUCAUUUCCAUUUCUUGCUGCCUGAGAUGGCUUCUGUGAAAAAAUUUCAACCUGUCCAGGAAUUUUGUCUUGAAAGUUCUCCUCCUUCUCCUCGCGCCUCCUCUUCUCCAGGGGAGAUUUCCUUCCUGGACUUCCCAGGGGCACCAUUAGCCCCACAUUAAAGCCUUUUCCUCCAUGCUGUACUCUCCAUCGAAGUCAAAGGAAUUCUAAUAAACCGCUGGGAAGAGCGUGCUGCUCACUCUUUCCAUGGAAACGAGGUACUGACUUUGCACAGAGCUCCGCUGGAAGAAGCCUGGGUCACGACAGAAGGAGACCAGGGAGGAACGGAGAGACGGUUGCCAUUGUGAGAGACCCUUUUGGUGGAAAAGCAAGGCUCCUGGUCACGGGAGAUUGCAUCCGCGCGUGCGACGAUGAUUGUGACUUGCAGAUGACGGCUUAUCCGGCCUCCCGAUAAAGGUGCGUUUCCUCCGUUCUGGUUGAUAGGAAGGGCCUGAUUCUCCUCUCACUGAUUGAGGCGUAAAUCAGGAGCAAGCUCCUACGGACAAGUGGAGGAGACUCAGGCAUGUAGGUAGAAACGGACCCACAUUUGAGCGGGCGUCACACUCCUGUUCGCUUGCACAGGGGCAGGCGUCCCAGGGCUGGGGCAGAGAGACGACAGCGCCGAUGAUGGCAAAGGGACCGCGGGGAAGACUGGCAGAGACCAGAGGCCUCGAUGCUGUCUUCCUCCGAAGUACUUCGGGAUCCAUGCUAGGUUUGCUCCAUUGCAGCUGAUGCGGAGAGGUAGGAUCCACAUUGCUUAGACAGAGGAACUUCUCAGAGGCGGGGAUGUUUGCACAGCGGAGGACCAGACUGCCAGCAACAUAAGAAAAUGAAGGCAAUUUGGAGAAGCUGGGGGUAGGGCUGCAAGUACCGAGGAGCACUCCUGUCGGAUGUGAAAUGAGCUGCGGAGGGCUGGAGGAGGGGGUUUGGAGCCCCUCAAGUAAGGCAGAAGGAGGUACGUAUAAUCGGCCAAUGGCAAGGUCUACAGAUCGCACAUCCCCAGAGACGCUUCAAAGGGAAAAGGGGAGCAGGACAAGGCUGGGACAUAACCGGCCUUCCUGAAACCUGGAGUGAUGCGAAGCGUCGCUGCAACGAUUAGCUCCAGGGGCCGGAUGGUCACGGGUUUGGUCACGGAGGGGCUGGUAUUACGGCUGCGUCGUGUACAUGAUUCAGUGCUGCCUGCUGGAAGGGAAAAAAGUGCGUAGCCAUGAGGUUGGCUCCCCGUAGAUAUAAUUCCCUGGUGUCGAGAACAGGGAGUUGUACUAACGACCUUCAGGGCAGAACACGAUGGUGAAUGCCGAGGGCUGCGACAAGCCGGCGCGUCGAUAAAAUCUAGAGAAUUGGUUAAAAGGGGCGACUUCAGCUGCUUCCGUGUAAACUGCCUGAAUGCUGCUUCACCAUAUGGUUUGGAGAGGGAAUUUCUCAAGAGCGUAAGCCAUUGCUUCCAGGAAUUGCUUGUGCAGAGAGGAAAGACUUAUCCUCCCCCCAAGGAGCUGGUCCAAGAAGUAAGGUGUAUUCGAACUUUGUGACCAACCGACCACGACGCAGUACACCCGAGUGAGUGCCGAAGUCCUUGCAGAUGCAGUUGUACAAAGAGUUAGCGCUGUGAUGUGAAGCUCCAAGCCUUUUUAAAAAUGCAGAGGCCAGUUAGAAAGAGCCAGAAGGGCAAAGCUCGUAAAUGAAAAUCCUUCGCAUCAGCUUGCAGACUGCAGAAGGUACUUUGUUAAAAGCCAGUGGAGGGCCGAAUAUUGCCCACAACUAAGGAAUCCAAAGGGGCAAGAAGUAAGGGGUCCAGUUAAACUGCAAGGUACGGGAGUUUAUUCAGGCCAACAAUAUACAGAAAGUUUCUUUAAAAAAAAAAUCCUUUGAAAUCCAGACGAAACGGUGCGAACUCGAUCGGCAUGUAAACUCUGCCAGAGGACGUGAAGUGGCAGAGGUGCAAGGACUACAACAGCUCGCACUUUCCAGAGUAACGAGGGGGAAUGGAUUUGGUGCCUCGGAAGUGGAAAGCAAGAGCUCUGCCGGCCAAGGGGAUGCAGCCAAGGCAAUUGGAGAAGGACAGAGCAAUGCAUGCGAGAGCCCCAGCGCCCUUUUGUACCCCCUGAGAAUUGGCCUUGCAGGUGUUAUCUCUGUUAUCACUGCUCCCGGGCAUAUGUUACUUGAAGGGAAGCCUCUGACUUGCCUUUGCCAAGUGAGCUCUGCCCUGCAAAGCUGGGUGUGGACCCGGGAGCCAGGAGGAGUUGGGUCGUGCCAAGCAGGGCUGGGAAGGAGCAGCUUUCUGGACUGCCUCCUUGUUCCCUGUAUGCAGAGUAGCUUGCAGGUGGUUUUAUUGGCUUGGUGGUAACAGAGAGACGCAGCCAGCAAAAGCAUCUUACCCCGCUGCGGUAGGACCGGGCAGUAAAAAAAAGGUCCGUGUUUCCUCUGAUUUUGUGUUGCUGGAGCCAUGGGAAACCCACCCAACCCCGCUCCUCCCUCCUUACUCUCCUGGCAGGGCUGACGGGCGCAAGGAAUCAAGUCACGGAUGCGAUUAAGCAAGGGCUUUGUCCUGCAGUCUUCACCCGAGACCAACCUUCGCAGCUACACUCGGGCAGGUGGACCAUUGCUAGCUACUAGAGCUGCACCCGGCGGGGUGAGCUGGGCCAGAAACCUCGGGCAGCGUUGCUACCCCUGACCGCGCAGAGCUCCCGAGUCCGAGCAGCCGGAAAUGAUGAGGUACCUGGAACGUGCCUUUGGCUUUUGGGGUCUCACUUUUCAAUUUUUCUACGUGACUAUGAGGGCAAGAAAUGUAUCUUAAAAAAACAAACCCCAGUAGCACCUGCAGCCGAGUCUCUCGGCAUCACAUGGUCCCAGGAACUAGGGAUUUCAGAGGAAAGAAUCCCAAAUCGUGAGAUUUGCAACAGAAUCGUAGGAAAGGGAAGGAGCCCAGUAGUGACGUAAGGGUUAUAAGCCAAAGAGCCUUAUGCCAGGGCCAGGAAAACAGCUUUAUGCUGAAGUGGCUAGCACCUGUCUGAUUUCUCCCCUGUGGAAUCGGGAGUGCUGUGUUGUGUGUCAUGGGCACCAGACUGCUAACAGCUAAGGAGAUUCUCUCUCCAGGACAAGAGGUGGAAAGGAACUGAUAACUUUUGGAGCAGGUUUUGCUCUGAGCUUCCUCCCAGCGCUCCUCAAGUGGUUGAAGAGCCUGAGGUGCUCAUAGAGCGUUAGGAGUCAUCCGCCCGGGUUGGUUUUUGGGGCAGGAGUGAGCUUAGGGGAGGAGGCAGACAAGGCGGUUGGGGGAACAGCUCCAAGGAAAGGGCAGGUAGGGGAAGGUGAGGGGUUUGGGCCGGUAGGUGGAACUUGUAGAAGUCCGGGCCAAAACCCACGGCCCUCUUCUAAAACCCGGUCUUAUACCUGGAUUGAAUUUAAUCUCUCAAUAGAGAAAAUAAUGAUGAGUGAAACCAAGGUCCCUGCUUGCCCUCCCCCCUCACUCGAGAACAAGGAGAUUGGAUCUGAAAAGAAAAGGGAGUGCAUUGGAAACGCGUCAGAGGAACUUUUUCACAUGCCGUAUAACUAGCCCGGGAAACUUGCUGCAUGCCGUAUUCCCGAAGCAAACAGCCUAGCGAAGGGUUGGGGGGGAUCAGAGGUCCGUUUGCCAGCAAGGCUGUGGCAUCCCAUUCUUGAGGGCUCAAGCCGAGCCCUGGCUGGGGUCAGGCCUCCCCGCCCAGGCGAGGAUUACACAAGGAGCCGUGUUCAGAGGGCUUUAGAGACGCCUUGCUCCGGAGCAUCCGGCGCUGGGCACGGCUGGAGGCAGGACACCUGACUUCGCGGACCAUUGGGCUGCAGUGGCACGGUGAUUCCUCCGCGUUUGAAACUCUUUUCCGAGCAUCGCCAAGUAUCCUCAAGGUGAAUCCUCGACCGCCUCUGCACUGGGAGCGUCUGCCCUCCUUGUGUUUUUCUCAUGGGGGGGAUUUUUUCUCCCCCCUUUUCAGUGCAAGCCGUGCUUGGCAAGGGGCUGCUCUUUGUUACGUGCUCCCCAUCUCUCAACCCCCCCCAACCUAAAGCCACCGCGCGGGGAGAUGAGCUGCCAUCAGAUCUCAUUUGCCAGGCGCCCGCCACCCAAAUCCCAACAGAUACGCAAGGCUGGGAGUCCGAGCCGCUGUAUUUUUCCUGCCAGUCACUGUCUUGGCUGCAGCUGGCUACGCAGAGCAGAGAGCUGCAGGUGUGAGCUGUUCUUCCCUCCGCCCCUCUCUGCCUCGCUCUUCCUUUCUUUUCCCGGCUACCUUAGGAGCCCACCUCCCAAGUCCGCGCAUUCAGGAGUGCAAGCCUCCGGCAGCCCCCAGGACUGAGCAGCGCCUCUCCCACGCAGGAUCCGGUGCUUCGGUGGGGACGCCUGUUUGACUAUGGGGUCCCCCCCCUUUAAUGCAAUCGGUUGAGACCGAGGACAGAAAAAUUCAGGAACUCUAAAGGAACCAGCAGCCUCCUCCCUCCUUUUCUCUCUCCCUCCUCUAGAGGAUUAAGCCAAAAAAAAAAAAUGUCUGCAGUUUUCUGUUGACCCUGCAUGAUGGCAUUUUCGUGCUCUGUGUGCUGCCUCUGCUGCUGAUUGCUAUUCCUGGCACAAACACGCACACACAGACUCACACUCACCCCCCCACCCCAGCCUGGAUCACACAGGCAAUGGCAGGCUUGCAACCCACUUCAAAUCCCUGUAAAGAAAUAAAGGAACACAAACUCGCGACCCCACCAGCCUCGCACUAGCACCGGUCCCUCAGCAUCUCCGGACCUCUCCUGAGUUCUCUGACGUCUGGAUUGUGCGAGCGGACAAGCCACCCACUGCUCUCCUCGCCUUCCCCGCCGCCCCCAGCCCUCACCUCUCCCCCCAGCUCCUGUCUGCUGUGGAGCCUGCAGCCAAACCCCCCCACACCACUCCUACCACUGGCAUCGCAUUUUCAGGCUGGAUGCGACGGGGCCGUUUCUAAUUACCUUAUAUCCCCUAGUGGUCCAUGAAUAAUGGCUACUGAAGGAGCUCCGCAGGGUUGCUGAAAGAACAGCAAAAAAAAAAAAAAAAGCAAAAAAAAAAAAAAGCAAAAAAAAAAAAAAGCAAAAAUUGUGCUAUUUCUCACAUUUUUUUUUCUAAGGAUCUAAUCUGGCUACUGUGUUCUGGAAGAGGAGGAGAGAGAGAGAGACAGCAGGAGAGACAGAGGAGAGCAAGAAACAUUGCAGAUAACAAGCCCGAGCCAUGCAGUCCUUUCGAGAAAGGUGUGGUUUCCAUGGCAACCAGCAGAACUACCAGCAGACUUCACAAGAUACAUCACGCCUGGAGAAUUACAGGCAUCAAAGUCAGGCAGGGCCGAACUGCGAGCGUCAGAGGCUGGUGGCGAAAGAGUACUACAAUCAGCAGCAGCUGCCGUACCCGGGGUACGAGAACAGCGCCGUGGAGAAGUAUCACCGGGGAAAUAAGCAAUUACCUGGCCAGCAGCUGCAAGGCAGGCCGUCCUUUUCGAAUUACGCCGUCCAAGAGAACAGCCCGUACCCGGCCCGCUACUCGGGGGACGAGAGCCUGCAGGCCUGGGGGGCCCAGCCGCAGGCCCUAGCCGGAGGGGUGGCGAAGUAUGAGGAGAACUUGAUGAAGAAGACGCCGGCUCCCCCGGGCAGCCGGCAGUACCACGAGCAGGCGUCGCAGCUGCCCUUCAGGACUCACUCCCUGCACCUCCAGCAGCCGCCCGCCCUGACCUACCCCAAGCUGCCGAGGCAGAAGAUCCAAAAUGACGUCUCCUCGCCCAUGCCCUUCUCCCAGACCCCCCACUUCACCCAGCACUCCCAGUCCUUCCCGGCCUCCUCCACGUACUCGUCCGUGCCGGGCGGGAGCCAGACGGCUCACUCCUACAAGAGCUGCACCGCGCCCUCCGGCCAGCCGCAGCACGAGAGGCCUCUGGGCAACGCCGCCAACCUGGCCUCCGGGCAGCGAGUGCAAAACCUGCACGGCUAUCAGGCCAACCGGAUGAGCUACGACCAGCAGCAGCAGCAGCAGCAGCAGCAACAGCAGCAACAGCAGCAGCAACAACAGCAGCAGCAGCAGCCGCAGCCGCAGCCCCAGCCUUCCCUGCAAGGAAGACACCAUGCCCAGGAAACCCUCCAUUACCAGAACCUGGCCAAGUACCAACAUUACAGCCAGCCAGGGCAGUCCUACUGUCAGGGCGAUGCACCGCCUGUGAGGACGCCGGAGCAGUACUACCAGACCUUCAGCCCCAGCUCGAGUCAUUCCCCGGCGCGCUCUGUCGGGCGGUCUCCGUCCUACAGCUCCACGCCUUCCCCGCUGAUGCCCAACCUGGAGAACUUCCAGUACAGCCAGCAGUCCCUCAGCGCCGGGACGUUCCCUGCCGGCAUCACCGACCACAGCCACUUCAUGCCUUUGCUCAACCCUUCUCCGACAGAUGGGACGAGUCCAGAGGCUCAGCCUGGGAACUGCAAAAGCUUGCAAAAGGAGAAGAUCCCUGAGAACCUGCUGUCCGACCUCAGCUUGCAGAGCCUGACCGCGCUCACCUCGCAGGUGGAAAACAUUUCCAACACCGUCCAGCAGCUUCUCCUGUCCAAGUCGUCCAUGGCCCAGAAGAAAGGCAUCAAGAACCCUCCUCGGACGCCGGAGCAGCUCAAAGGGCAGCACUGCAGCCCUGAGAGCAGCACGUACUCUGCUGAGCAGGUGGGGACGCCCCUGUCAGACCCUCUCAGCACCCCACAGUCUGUCCAUGCCGAAACCCAGGAUGCCGAUUACCUGAGCGGGUCCGAAGACCAACUGGAGAGAAGUUUCCUCUACUGCGGACAGGGCCGCAGCCCGGCCAGAGUCAACAGCAACUCCAAGGCCAAGCCCGAAUCUGUGUCCACCUGCUCUGUGACGUCCCCGGAUGACAUGUCCACUAAGUCCGACGAUUCCUUCCAGAGCAUCCACGCCAACCUGCCCCUGGACACCUUCACCAAGUUUGUGACUAAUGAAAGGGAGUGCCCACGGCUGCUCCUGAGCGCGCUCUCACAGGAGGAGCUGGCAUCCGAGAUCAUCGUCUUGCAAGACGCGAUCAAUGAGAAGGUGGACAAGGCUUGGGCCGACUCCCCCAGCUUGAGCAAGGAAGCGACUAAAUCCCCCUUUCAUUUAGAAAACCACAGGACAUGCCUGGACUCGAUGGUAAAGGGCACGUGGCCCAGCCAAGGGGACUCGAGCACCCUCACUGAAUCCUUGAAGUUAGACAAAGCCUCUGGUGGAAACAACGGCAAGGACUUCAGCGAGGAGGUUUAUGAGAAUCCCUCGGUGGAGUUUGCAGCCGCAGAAACAAAGAACGCCCUCAAAGACGCGAGCUCCUUGGCAUACAACUCCAAGCCCAGCAUCCCAGCUGCUACUUCCAGCUCUGGGGCUGCCAGUUACAGCUGCUACUCCAACACCACCGCCAACUCGGUGGGCUCUGAGAGCACCAUGGAGCAUUUUGACUGGCCAGAUGAAAGCCUCAGCGAAUCCUGCCUGAGGUGGAAGGACCUGGGGUCAAGCCUGCAAUCAUCAGACCUUUCCAAGGGCUUAUUCCACAGCAAAUUGGCUGGGUCUUGCAAGGAGAAAAAAAAUGCCUGCAGCAUGGAGAUGUGCGAUGGCGAACAGCCAGCCAAGAAUGAGCAAGCGAAGGAUUUCAGCCAGCAGGAGAUGGGGGAGGAAGAGGAAGAGACGUUGACGUAUGACGAGGCCACCAAAGCAGAUAAUGAGAGAUGGCUGGAAGACACCAGGCACUGCUGUUCAGGUGGGGACUUCAGUGAGAUUCCCAUGAUAUCGUCUCCGGAUCUGAAGGAGUCCGACUUGGAGCCUGAAGAAUACUCCUCGCUGUGCGAGCUGGCGAGUUCGGAGCAGAAGUCCAUGAUCUACGACACGUCCCCGCCGAAACCGCCCGAGAACGCAACCGUGCUCUCUUCCAGCGAUGUGCCCGUGUCAGCGGAAGAGACGGUGAGCACGGUGGAGAAAGAAAACUCUGCUCCUUCCUCUCGGUUGUCCGGCCAGUCCGUGAUCCUCCUAGGCCCAGCCGUUGGCACCGAAACCAAGGUGAAGAGUUGGUUUGAAUCUUCCCUGUCUCACAUCAAACCCAAGGAUGAAGCUGUGGGGAGCGAGCGCACUCUCCAGGGAAAGGCAGAAUCUGAGAUGCCCUUGUCAGUCAAGGUAAAGAACCAAGUGACCCCUGAAAAUCUGCUGAUAAAAUCAGAGCCAACCUUGAGGGCCAAAAGCUUACGGAGCAAGAGGGUCCACUGCCGGCUGUCGGAGAGAGAAGACUCUGGUAAGCUGGUGCCGAGCCUAAUCAAAGACGUCCCGGCAGCUGGCGUGGUGGGCAGCACAUGUGUUGGGCCAGAGAGCCAGAUUGAAACACCAAGCAAGAAUGCCCAUGGUCAGACUCCUCGGUUUCCAGCGGAGGGCUUGCCAGCGAGGAUGUGCACCCGCUCUUUCACUGCUUUGACGGAGCCCAGGACACCAGCCCCUCUGGAAGGGCUGAAAGCCUCCGACCAUCAGGAAAAGUUGGGGAAGAAAUCGGCUUGUGCCAUGAAGCAGAGAGCUGCCUUCAAGGCCAGGAAGCGCUCUGGGAAGCCAGCCCCCAAAGGUGUCCAAAAUCCCAGCGAUCUGGCUCCAGUCCUAGUCCCAAACCUAGUGCAGAACGACGACUUGGUUGGCCAGAAGCCUAAAGACCUAGAGGCUCCAGAGACCGAGGUGAAGGAUCAGAGGUCCAUGAUCCUCCGGUCCCGGACAAAGACGCAGGAGGUCUUCUACACCAAGCGGAGGCGGGAGCGGAGGACCGUGGAGGUCCGGCUCAAAAACUGUAAGGCGCCCAAGAAGCUCCUUUCCAACAACCACCUCUCACCUGCCUUCAAGUUGGCGUCCCAGGGCAGCCCUCACAAGGAGGGCAAGGUAGGCAAGAGAAUGAAGCUCCCCAAGCCAGGGGCUGGCAUGGGCAGCAAGAUGUCUGAGCGGCCGCUGCAUUCCCUGAAGAGAAAAUCCACCUUCCUCUCCCCCAUCCCGGCCAAGAAGAGGAACUUGGUUUUACGGAGCAACAGCAGUGGCGCCAAAGACGAGAAGCCUGACGCCUCCCCCAGCUUGUUCAAACGGAUGCCGUCCACCAAGAAGGCAAAGGCCAAACUGCCCGCCAAGAGCCCCUGCGAGGCCGUCCUGAAGCCCCCUCCGGCCAAAGAGACCCCCGACGUCUGCAUUAAAAUCACCUCUCGGGCCGCGUUUCAGGGGGCCACGAAGACGAAAGUCCUGCCUCCGCGGAAGGGCAGGGGCCUCAAGCUGGAGGCCAUCGUGCAGAAGAUCACUUCUCCCAACCUGAAGAAGUUUGCCUGCAAAACUGCCGCCGCCGCCGCUGCCGCUGCUACCGCUCGCCGCAACCCUCUGAGCCCCUCCGCUGCAGAGAAGGAGCGGGCCUUGAAGCAUGGGAGUGUAACCCCAGCGGUGGGAGAAGCCAGGCCAUUGAGCCAGGGCAUGGCACAAAAGUCUCCUGCCGCUUCAGUAGCAGAGCAAUUAUGCAGAAAUUCGAACAACAGAUCCUUAAAAGGGAAACUAAUGAACGGCAAGAAACUGUCCUCCGACUGCUUCAGGGGUGAGGCCUGCUUGUCUCCCGAGCCGGCACAGCACGGCGGCAGCAUGGCCGCCAAGAGCCUUGGCUUGCUGCCCAAGAAAAGGAGCCGGAAGGGGAAAGCCGCAGCCCUCGGCCUGGCCAAGAACCCCCUGGACAAGCGGGCUCCCCUUGCCCCUCCUUUGCUCCUGACAGCCAGGGAGCGGGCGGCCGCGGGGAACACGCUGGGCAAUGGGGAAGAGGGACAAAGGGAUGGGAAGAAGCCAAAGAGCGAGGACAAAGACUUUGCAAACGGCGAAGGCCCCGAGGGGAGAGCUGCCCCGGGCCAGGCCCGGGCGCCGAAGCAGCGAGCCAACCACUCCAACUACAAUGGCUACUCCAAGCGGCAGAGGAAGCGGCUCGCCCGGGGCAAGGCCAAGAACGUGGCGUCGCGAUGUAAGAGCAGGGGCAAGCGGCGGCGGCAGCAGCAGCAAGCCCCUCUGCUCCACCCCACGGAGCCGGAGAUCCGCCUGAAGUACAUCUCGUGCAAGCGGCUGCGGACAGACAGCCGGGCACUGCCCUUCUCCCCGUACGUGCGCGUGGAGAAGCACAACGAGUUCACCACCACCUGCACCGUCAUCAACUCCCCCGGGGACGAGGCCAGGCUUCAGAAGGAGCAGCACCGUUCGUCCGCAGCCCAGGCCCUGCCUCCCAGCGGGGCCGCACCGCAGCCCCGAGCGGCGCUGCCCUCGUCUUCCACCAUGCACCUGGGCCCCGUGGUGUCCAAGACGCUCAACGCCACCUGCCUGGUGUGCUGCGUCUGCCGAAACCCAGCCAACUACAAAGACCUGGGGGACCUGUGCGGGCCGUACUACCCCGAGGACUGCCUGCCGAAGAAGAAGUCGAGGCUGAAAGACAAGAUCAAAGUGGAGGGGCCAAGCGACGAGGCGCCCCUGCCUCUGCCCGCCGAGCGCGUGCUCAAAGCAACGGAUAAUUGUCCAGCGAGCGCUGUCGUCGGCAAGGUGCCGAGGUUGGACAGCGCUGCCGACUCGGCCAAGCAGAGCGCUCUCCGGUCGAGCUCUAGGGGGAUGUUUAGGAAACUACAAAGCUGUUACUGCUGUGAUGAGAGGACAGAGGGCGAGGAGGCGGCGGAGAAGCCCAAGAGGCACGAGUGCAGCAAGCCCGAGUCCCCGGCUCAGGAGCCGGCGGGCGACACGCAGGAACACUGGGUCCACGAGGCCUGUGCGAUAUGGACCGCAGGGGUUUUCCUGGUUGCGGGGAAGCUGUAUGGGCUGCAGGAGGCGAUAAAGGCGGCUGCUGAAGUGAAAUGCUCGAGUUGCCAGCAAACAGGAGCAACCGUUGGCUGCUGCCACAAGGGAUGUGCCCAGACCUAUCACUACGCAUGUGCCAUCGACACAGGUUGCUUAUUAACCGAAGAGAGCUUCUCUCUGAAAUGUCCCAAACACAAGAGGCAUCCCUUAUAAUCCGCCAGCUGGGAAGCGGUUGCCCACCCAGGUGCUCGUCUCACGUCUCAGCCAUGGCUGCGAGGGAGAAGAGUCCAAAGGAACAGGCAAACACAAAUCAAAGAGGAAGGGGCGAAGGGACCCAGCUGCACCCAUCCAUCCAUCUAUCCCCUGCAGCAGCACUCCCCUGGGAGGACAGGGCACCGCAGUGCAGCCUGGUGGGGCCUGGGGAUCCAGUGCCAGGUCCUCCUCCUUCCCUUCUGCCCUGUCAUUCCACCCAGAGCCGUUCCAGAUGGGCACAAGAGAUCCAGUCCCAGGCUUUUAUUCACCUUCUUCAAGAAACUCUACCCAGAGCCCUUCCAGACGGGCACGGAAAUCCAACGCCAGGCUCUCCUCCGCCUCCUGGGAGCUCUCUGCCGCGCUGUGCCUGGUGGGCACACGACCCCAGCUCCAGGCUGUCCUCCUUUCUCCCCUCUGGACACGACCCCAAGCCAGUCCAGGUGGGCAACGAAAUCCAGCUCCAGGUUUUUUACUCUGCCGUUCCUGUAGGACCUGUGAGUGACAUUGAUAGCUCACAUCUUUCACCUGGGACCAGGGCCUGGUAAAACCCGGCCUGGAGCAUUUUCAAGGCCUCCCUGGGAAGUGGACUCUGGGUACCAGGGCUGCGUUGGGAUGCCAGGGGACCCGCUUACGCCCUUGGACCCUGGAGAGUGCAGAUGACAGCAGCUCGGCUCCGCUCCCAGAUGAUGCAAGUAACACACCCGCGGCCAACACAGACUACGUUCCAGAGCUGACGUUAGCUGCACAGGGCGGGAUGGGGGGUGGGGGGCGGGGGGCACCGUGUAAAAGGGUUCCUGACGAUGUUGUCUUACUCUGGAACAGCUGGACUCUGCGAGCGUUCCAGUCCUCCAUAUCUCACUCUGAUCUGAUCUGAGAUGUUGCCUUCAGCAAACCUCAUGGUGUCCGUCUGUAUAUAUGUGCGCGACAUGAGACGAAGAAAUGGCCUGCUGCUCCAACCACGCGGCGCAUUUCCAUUUCAUUUUGAUUUGGGGUUUUCUUUUGCAUUGGCAGCCCUCCUCCCCGGCUGCCCCUCUGCUCCCCCCGGCUGGUGAGGGGCCACGGCACGGCUGGCACGGGAGGUGCGAGCCUCGGCAGGAGGAGGAGGUGGCAUGCUGUCCCCACGACCCUGCCCUCACAGCUUUACCUGCCCCACGGCCGCCGGCGAGUGCCACUGCUGCUGCUGGGCUGCUUCAUCCCGUAGGGCGUGCUGAGCUACAGGCUGGGGAAGAGGGGCGUCCUGGCUCAUACGGAUGGUGCUUCCCACCCCUUUCCUGCUUGCUUUUGCCCCUGGGCUCUCCCCCUCCUCCGGCCCUCACUUCCAUUCCCUGUAUUGAGGAACAGUCAUGCUGCUCCAUUGAAGGCGCUGUCAUGUCUGCACUGGUCUCGCUUGAUAGAGGGCUUAAAUCAGCUCAUUCUCCCCUUGGUAUCUUAUGCUGCUCCCCCACUGCUUGGCCCAACUGGGCUCUAGUCCUCGCAGCCUCUCUUGCUGGUGAUGUCUGAUGUCUGCCCUUUUUUUUGUGCUGCUGCUCGUGCUGCAGAACAGCACAGCACUAGCAACCAGGGACCAAGCAGGGACCUGAGAGAGGCUGGUGGCUGGUUUAGGAGGAGGAGAUCCUGCCUUGAGCAGCUAGCUCCACCCCUCCGGGCAGCGAUGGUCUGAUGUUGCCCACCCAGCAGGGACGCCUUGGGUUGUAUGUGGUUGGGAGACCACCCGAGUGCCCUCCACAUGUUGCAGGAAGAGGCAUGGCGACAGUGAGCAAGAUCUGAGCUCAGCCCCUGCCUCGGAUCAAAGGGGCCAUCUCUCAGAUGUGACAUCAAACAGACUCCCUGCCCAGAGCGCUGCCUGCUAGAGCAGUAGCUCCCAUCCACGGAUCAGCCGUUGCCAUCACCCAGCUGCAUUUCAGCAGCGGGCAAAGCGACAGGGGACAAAUGGUGCUCUCCCUGAAGGCGGCACAGAGAUGCCAGCCACUGAGCAGAGUAGACAGCGCAGCCUGGGGCAUCCCUAGCGUGAGCCAGCCCAGCAGCAGCCUCUGCUGGCAGGGAUGCAGGUGUGAAGGGCGAGGAGGUGACUCUUCUGGGACCGGGCUGGGCGCUUCCAGCCAGCCCACGUAGCUGCCCUUCCAACACCCGCAUCCUAGCCUCCCCCUCGAUAGAGAGCCCCGCCGUUUCCCAACUCCUUCCCUCCCUGCCACAGCCGCAUCACCUGCCUGGAUCGUGCACGGACAUCCCACGCCGGUUCCCCGCUGUUGCUGGCUGCAGGGGCAUUUGCACAUCCCCAUAACCUGUCUCCCCACCCAUUUUGCUUCCUCCCUGAUUUGCUCCACGAUGUCACAGCCCACAGCUUGUGACAUCGAUGUCCUCAAUUGCUCCGUGAUGUCAGUCCAUCGUUUGUGACAUCAGGAGAAGGAUGCUGGCUGGGGGGGAUCGUGACUGGUUUGUGCUGAAUAAGGAGGAGCCCUGCCAGACUCCCCGGACAGGAGCUUUCUAUAACCAGGCCCUUGGUGCUCCCCAGAGCCAGCCACACACCGAACAGGGCCGGGGCUCACCGAGGUGGCUGUUGAAUGGAUCUGAGGGUGCUGGGAGGCCUUCAUGCAGCACAGCGCCGACCUAAUGCAUACGCUGGAAAAACUGACUCCAUCUGGGGAGGAAUAUAUAUAUAUAUAAAACAUGUAUAGCAUAUAUAUGUGCUUUAUAGAUAAGGCUAUAUGAUGUAUAUAGGUUUCCAACCGCACUUGGGUUGCAAUACAUGGUUGGAAGUGAGCCGUGACCCCCCUCCUCCCGCAAAGCCAUUGCCUCGCCGCCCCCGCCCCAAGCAGCCGAGGCAGGAGCCCUGUUUGUCGCCAGUCCACAACCCCGAGCCCAGCGCCACGCCGGGCCAAGCCAAUUGCCAGUUGUGACCUGUUUGGUUGUGGUGCUUUCGCGCUUGUCACUGCUGCCGUGCGUUGCUUGCCAUUUCAUCCAGACCUUGCCCUCAAGGUUUGCUGGCCAAGAAAUGUCUGUCGUUUCAGCAGCCGGCCUCGGCCCCCAGAAACCGAAUCGACUCUCUGCGGCCUUGGCAUCGCUGCCUGAAAUCCUGGCUAUUUUUAGUGGCAUCUUGUACAUAUGACUGUAAAAUGGUAAACUGUGUGUAUUAUAUAUUGCCUCAUUAUAUAGUGUAUAUAUAUGUAUACAUAUACAUAUAUAUAAUAUAUAUGAAGACUGUAAAUGUUAAGACUAGUGUUCUUAUUAGUAUAUUGCUUCACACUGAAGAUUGUGUGUAACAAGCUGUUUCUAAAAGAUGUUUAUUUUCCUUAAGAGUAAAAAACAGGUCAUUGCAUUCAAAAAAAAAAAAAAAGGUCAAUAAAGAUACGACGAUUGUUUUGGAAGUA